CUUGUAUCAAUACAGCUCUGAGACGGCCGACAACAACUUGGCAACAAAGAUCGACAACACUGUGUAAAAAGCGAAGAUGCCCCGAGGCUACUUCUCCCCGUACGCACCGCGCAGACGCCGUUCGCCCAGGCUCGUCUUGAUCUGGGUCUCCAUCUUCCUCUUCCUUCUCUGGAUUACCUGGUACAUUACAACCCGCCACAAGGAGGAGGCAGCACCCUACGUCGAGGAGUUCAUUCACCCGGGAAGGAUGCCGAGGAGGGCAAAGGAGGCUGCCGGCAACGCAGAAUGAGCUUGGUGUGAGAGGAAGGGUGGCGCCAACAUGACCUGCAUGGCCGCAUCUUUUGUGUGCUGCGACGACAUCGUUUCGGACUUUGUUUGAGUCGGCUCAUCCCUCGCAUUCCAACUUCCUGGUGAACACGGUGGCCGAGGACCCGGCAAAGAACUGCGAUGUGGAAACGGUCAAGGCGAAGCAGCAGGCAAUCCCGAUUUGGACGGAUGGCGUUGGAAGAAAAGGAGGGAAAGGAAAACAUACAAUGGGCAGGGAGCUCGCAUUUGGAUAAACAGUAAUAAAUGUAACAUCACUCG